AUGUAUGGUCUAAUUUUGGAAAGCAUUCUUGAGAUGAUCAAAGACCAUUAUGGCGAGGAGAAGUGGUUAGAAAUCCGCAGUAAAGCGGACAUCGAUGAGUAUAAUUUUGUGACGCAUGACAUCUACAGUGAACGGGUGGUUCGUCAACUUUCUGAGGCAGCAAGCAAGGUCCUUGGGUUGACUGUCGCUGAACUUAUGAACGCUAGUGGGAUUUACUUCGUCUCUUUCAUGGCUAAGUACGACUAUGAUCGUCUGCUGCGGUGCCUUGGCCGAACCAUGAGUGAUUUCCUCAACGGCCUUGACAACCUUCAUGAAUACAUUCGCUUCAGCUACCCGAAAGGCCGAACCCCUAGCUUUUUCUGUACAGACGAAACCGAAAAGGGGCUAACACUUCACUAUCGAUCAAAGAGACGGGGGUUUAUUCAUUAUGUGAUAGGGCAGAUUGUUCAAAUCGGUCAAAAUUUCUACGACGUGGAAAUUGACGUUCAAGUUGUAAGCAGCGAAUACAAAAGCGGGAUGCAAUCUGUCGUCUACCGAUUGAACUUCGAAAAUAACAAUUACAGUAAGAAUUUGGGAAUUGUUUCCCGCUUCAUGGAAAAGGCAUCCUCCCUGCAGCCGUCACAUAUUUUCAAAAUAUUUCCAUUCCAUAUUGUGUUCGAUGAUUCUAUGACUAUACAAAAUGUUGGCAACGUCCUCGAGACAGCGAUGCCGUACCUUGUGGGGAAACCUAUUGACCAAGAAUUUGAGCUGGUUAGACCACUAGUAGAUUUUUGCUGGGAAUCGGUAAUUUCGCAUAUUAAUAAUGUGUUUGAACUAGCCGCGACGACUCUGACACGAAGACAAACCAAAGUAAAUCGUCCGUCAAAAAGUUCUUCACAAUCAUCAAAGCGAAAUACAAGUAGAACCAGUAUUCAGUGUGAUGAGAGUUAUUUAGAUGCUCUAACUGUGGAUGUAAACCCGUGUCGAAUACGACUCAAAGGCCAGAUGAAGUACAUCAGAGAAUGGGAUGCCAUAAUUUUUCUUUGUACCCCAGUAAUGGAAAACAUAGACGCAAUGGCUGCAGCAGGGCUGUAUGUGAAUGACUUUAGCAUCCAUGAUUCAAGUCGUGAUCUUAUAUUGGCUGGAACACAAAAAUCCACUGAGUUGAAAAUGGCACUCGACCAGGAACAACGCAAGAGUGCCGAAUUGGAAGAGAGCAUGAGGAAGUUAGACGUCGAAGUAAAGAAAACAGAUUCGUUACUCUAUCAGAUGAUUCCAAAACCUGUAGCAGAAAAACUUCGCAAAGGAGAUUCAGCGACGAGUACAUGUGAAGUAUUCCAAUGUGUGACGAUUUUGUUCAGUGACGUGGUCGGAUUUACUACCAUCUGUUCGAGAAUAACCCCGAUGGCGGUGGUGGCUAUGUUGAAUAGCAUGUAUACAAAAUUUGAUAAUCUCUGUGAAGCAUAUGAUGUCUAUAAGGUGGAAACAAUUGGAGAUGCGUACAUGAUAGUGUCUGGGGCACCGACCCCAACUCAUGACCACGUCUUAAGGGUGUCUGAAAUGGCCCUGUCAAUGAUAGACGCUAUGCAUGACUUAAAAGAACCCGACACAGAUGAACAUAUGACAAUACGCGCAGGAAUGCAUUCGGGAGUGGUUGUCGCUGGAGUGGUUGGCUUGAAAAUGCCCCGUUACUGUUUGUUUGGUGAUACUGUUAACACCGCCUCAAGGAUGGAAUCUACCAGCGAGGGACAGCGAAUUCACAUCAGUCAAGCUACUAAGGACGUCCUAAGUACCUGUCCGUAUGUUAUCGAAGAAAGAGGCUCAAUCGAAGUUAAGGGUAAAGGAUCUAUGAAGACGUAUUGGUUAAAGGGCCGUAGAGAUGAUGCGCCGCCCUUCACCUGUUUUAAGAAACUCGGUCACCAUGACAGCGACGACCCAGAUCUUGAGGAAGCCAGCCCCUAUCAGUCUGUACAAAAACCCGCACCUUUACAAAAAGCAAAACCAAGCAAACCACAGCCAGUAAAGACAGAUUUUGUACUAGGGAACCGAUAUCAAAACUUACCAAAUACAAAACCCAUUGAAAAGAAAGAAUUCAAAAGUUCUCUUGAAAAGAAAGACAAAGUUCAAAAGAUAAGCAAAAAGCCAGGAACAACGAAUAAUCAGAAAAACCAUGUCAAAUCUCCAGUAGGAGAUAAUAUGACGAAAUUAAUAAAUUCUCCUCUGAACAACCAGUUGAAAUCACCGUUUAAAUCCGGUAAAAAGAUCGAAAAUCGCCAGAACUUGUCUUCAUUGCCUCAACCACUUUCAACGACUCCAAUAGAAAAGCUAAGUGAACCAAAUGCAGACAAACUUGGAUCCCCAAUCAAUAAGACUGUGAAUACAUCUGCCAUGAAAAUAGAAAGCGAGAUACAAGGAGCUAACCAGGUUGAAGAUAAACCAGAAUGUGCCAUCAACGCAGGCGAUGAGGAAAAAACGUUGUUAGGGGAAGAGGGCAGGACAUCUACAAAAUGUAGCCGACUUUGCACUUUCUUGUAA